AUGAGCCAUACCAAGGUGUUGCCGUAUUCAUCUGCGGCGGUCUUUAAAGCCGUGUCUGAUGUUGCGGGCUACCCUAAUUUCCUGCCGUUCACGAUUUCCUCAAACGUGAAAUCACGAGAUCCAGCAGGCUAUCCCACACGAGCGAAUUUAAAGGUCGGCUACGCCAAGCUGGGGGUGGAGGAGGACUGGGAGAGUAUCGUGCGCUGCGAUCCGGCCAACGGAACCAUCGAGGCGAAGAGCAGCGAAGAGCACAGUAACGGGCUCUUCGAAGCUCUGUCUACGAAAUGGCAUAUUGCGCCUUCAGAGUCGGCAGGUGGAAGCACUGCCGUCAAGCUGGACGUGGUUGUCAAGUUCCGAAACCCGGUUUACGAUCAAAUGUUUGCUCAAGUUGAAGGCAAGGUGGCAAGCACCAUGAUCUCUGCUUUUGAGAAGAGGGUGGAAGAGCUUGAUCAGAAGCACAGACUCUGA